AUGGACCGCAACGCCCAAACCACCGCGACAGACCGGUCCAGCAGUGGUGAGAAAUCUCUCCACUCGCACGAAAAGGACGAACCACUGCGCCCAGUAUCGCUGCACUCCAUCCCCACAAUCGACAUCUCCCACCACGAACACGCUCAAGAACAGACUCUUCCGCCCGGCGAGAAAGACGAUGUCGACACUGUCCGCACAACUUCUCAUGUGAAGGGAUUGCGAUCUCGCUUGGGGCUGAUGCCCACGGCCCCCAUCAUUGGCGAACACGACACGGCCGACCAUGCGAAUCUCUGGUGGCCCAAGACUCGCGCCGCGUUCAAGGAGCCUUUGGCUGAGUUCUUCGGCGUGAUGAUUAUGGUCUGCUUCGGCAAUGGAAGCGUUGCGCAAGUGCUUCUUUCUGCAGGCAUGACCAGUGCGCCGGGAAUGAAUGGGUAUGGUUCUUACCAGUCUAUCUCCUGGGGAUGGGGUUUGGGUGUGAUGUUGGGGAUCUACGUAGCGGGGGAUAGUGGUGCUUAUCUCAAUCCCGCCAUCACCUUCACGAAUUGUGUGCUGAGGAAGUUACCCUGGCGCCGCUUCCCAAUCUAUCUCCUCGCUCAGUUCCUCGGCGGCUUCGUAGGAGCGGGUAUCGUCUACGCAAAUUACAUCAACGGCAUCAAUACCUUCGAAGGCGGAGCCGGACUACGCACUGUUCCGCCUGCUGCAAAUGCUACUGGUGCCAUCUUCUGUACAUACCCGCAAGCAGACCUUACCAAGGCUAGCCAGUUCUUCUCGGAGUUCAUCGCAAGUAGUUUGUUGAUGUUCGUAAUCUUCGCGCUCAAGGACGACAGUAACAAGGGCACCUUCAGCGCCUCAGGGUCUUGGUUCCCGCUGGGUCUAUUCUUCCUCAUCUUCGGCCUUGGAGCGGCGUUUGGCUGGGACACAGGGUAUGCCAUCAAUCUCGCUCGAGACUUCGGCCCAAGGUUGAUGAGUUAUGCUGUUGGGUACCGGGGCGUGUGGAGUGCUGGAGGGUAUUAUUUCUGGAUCCCGAUGGUAGCGCCGUUUUGUGGAUGUCUGUUUGGUGGUUUGCUGUAUGAUCUUGCGAUCUACACGGGGCCGAGCCCGAUCAAUGAGCCCUGGCUUGGGCUAAGGAACGUGACGAGGCCGAAGCAAGCGUUAGGGAGCAGGUUGCAGGCGCAGGAGAAGGAUGGUUUGGUAUGA